AAAACAUAAAAUUAAAAAAUAAAAUGAAGCCUUUCGUGUUUCAGACCAAGAAUUCCGAGAACGAUAGACGGAGACAUCAGAAGCACAUUCUCUGUGUGAGAGAGAUUUGGAGAUAGAUUCUUUUCCAGCUUUCGCUUCAUGAUCUGUGUUCUUGCGAGUCUCCGUCUCUUCGUGUUCUGCGCCUCUUGAUUCGCAGCUGCUACGCUUCCUCCUUCGAUCCAACGUCCAGUUCUUUGAUUUCUUCGGUUUUUGGUGCGCGCGAGGAUUGAUUGCAUUGAAGGAAUUGCAGUAUGAGCAUCAAUAGCCCCGGAAUUGGGGUGAAUUAGGGUUCGAGUUUUCGGGUGGUGUUUUGGAAUUCACAUGGGCGAUGGCGGCGUUGCAUGCGUGCCUUUGCAGAAUCUUAUGGAGAGAUUUUCGAUUGCGGAGAAGCUUUGCGGAGGCAACAAUGGUGGUGGCAGUGGUACGCUCAGUUCAAAGUCGCUCAAGUUCACAAAGAAGAAGAUGAAGCUGAAGAAAGACGAAGCCGCUGCGGAGAGAGGCAAGAAGGAGGUUGGAGUGGGUGGAGACAGACGCAGGACUAGUGGCAGGGAAGUUGAGAAUGGUGAAAUUUGUAUAGAGAAGACGCAGAAGGAGGAAGUGGAAGAGGGUGAAUUGGGUACGUUGAAGUGGUCGAAGGGGGAAGUGGAGAAUGGAGAGGCUGUGCUAGAAAAGUCACGGAAGAGUGAAAUUGAGAAGGGAGAAAUUGUGGCUGACAAAUGGAGGAAAGGGGACGUGGAGAAAGGAGAAAUUGAUUUGAGAAAGGGUGGAAAGGUGGAGAUAGAGAAUGGAGAGAUUGUCCCAGAAAAGAAUAGAAAGUGCGAGUCAGAGAAGGUGGAUUUUGGAUCAUGGAGAGGUUCAAAAGACGAGCUGGAGAAAGGAGAGUUUAUUCCCGAGAGGUUGCAAAGGGGGGAAGUGGGAAAGGAUGCUUACAGUAAUUCAAAAAUGCGCAGGCAUGAUGCAGCUAAUAAGGAGAAAAAGGGGUGGAAAUAUGAGCCUGAGAGGAUGCCGCCUUCAGGGAAGCAUUCAGGUGAGGGAAAAGAUUUCAUUAGAGGCGGGAGUCAGCAUAGUAAAAGAUCAUCUUCCAGAUGGGACACAGGGCAAGAGAAGAACUUUAGGCUCAGUUCAAAAAUUGUAGACGAGGAAGGUUCACUUAGGAAUGAACACAGCAAUGGCAAGAAUUAUGAUAGGGAAUACUCUCUGUCUGGGAACCGGUUGAAGCGGCAUGCUUCGAGUUCAGAGUUCAGUGAGCGGAAGCAUCAUGGUGAAUUUGGUGAUUAUACAGGUUCAAAAAGCCGGCGACUUUCUGAUGACAGUAGUCGCACUGUUCACUCAGAUCUUUAUUCUAGACGAUCUGUUGAGAGGCCUUACAAGAAUUCUUCGAAGACUUCUUCCUCUGACAGGUAUUCAUCUAGGCACUAUGAUUCUUCUUUGUCUUCCAGAGUAGUUUAUGACAGGCAUGGACGCAGCCCGGGCCAUUCUGAGCGGUCCCCACGCGACCGGGCCAGGUAUGAUGUUCACCGAGGCCGGAGUCCUUCUCGCCGUGAUAGGUCCCCAUACGAUCACAGACACCGCAGCCCUGCUUAUAAAGAGCGGUCCCCACCAGAUCGAGCUCGCCACCGUGAUCGCAGGGAUCAUACCCCAAACUACAUAGAGCGGUCCCCACAUGAAUGGAGUAGGCCUAAUAAUGCUCGGGAAAGUAGUCGAAAGAGUGGAGCUGGUGACAAGAGGCACAGUCAACAUGGAAACAAAGGACAGGAGGACAAGCUCAACCAGAAAGAGUCUAGGGGAAAGGAUUCACAUUUCUCAGCUAAGGAAUCACAUGAUAGAAGUAGUGUGCGUGAUGGUGAUGGGCCUGUUAAUGAAGUUGCUAACUCUCAGUCUCACAAGGAUGAGCAAUCUCAGAGUCCAAGUACAAAUUGUAAAGAACCCCUUCAGGUCAGUGGAGCUCCUGAAGAGCCAUCUUCUAUGGAAGAAGAUAUGGACAUAUGUGAUACACCACCUCAUGUCUCUGUUACGGAUGAUUCCACCACUGGGAAAUGGUUUUACCUUGAUCACCUUGGUAUGGAACGGGGACCUUCUAAAUUAUGCGACCUUAAAAGACUUGUGGAAGAUGGAGUUCUUGUGUCUGAUCAUUUAAUUAAGAACUUGGACAGUGAUCGAUGGGUAACUGUUGAAAAUGCAGUCUCUCCAUUGGUAACUGUUCAUUUCCCACCCAUUGUUUCAGAUAGUGUAACUCAGUUGGUUAGUCCUCCAGAAGCUCCUGGUAAUCUUCUGGCAGAUACUGGAGAUAUUGGGCAAUCCUGUAAUCACCUGGGGGAGGAAGCAUUGGUCAAUUUGCCACCUCCAAGUUUCAUCCCAGAUCACAUUGCUGCUGUAUCCGAGCCUUUAGAAGAUCUUCAAAUUGAUGAAAGGGUUGGAGCUCUCUUAAAAGGUUUUACUGUUCUUCCAGGCAAAGAGCUCGAGACUCUGGGGGAAGCUUUGCAAAUGAUUUUUGACCAUGCACCACUUGAGGGAUGGGUGAACUCUGAAGGUUUCACUGGCCAUGUUUCACACAAUGGUGAACAGUUUGAUCAAAAAACCGAUGACUUAUCCAGAUAUUCAGAUAGUGCACCAAAAGUGGCUGCGGAAUCCAGGUCAAAUGCCUACUUUGACAAAGACUUCGUCUUUACUCAUGGUGAAACUCCUGACUGGUUUCUGAGCCUAUGGUCAUGUAAGGGUGGGGACUGGAAGAGAAAUGAUGAAGCUGCUCAAGAUAAAUCUUCCAGGAAGAAACUGGUUCUCAAUGAUGGUUUUCCACUGUGCCAGAUGCCAAAGUCAGGGUAUGAGGAUCCUCGAUGGCAUCGAAAAGAUGAGUUGUACUAUCCAUCUCAUAGCAGAAGGCUUGACCUUCCUCCUUGGGCUUUUUCCUGGUCAGAUGAGAGGAAUGAUUGCAAUAGUGUUAGCAGAUCUAGUCAAAUAAAGUCUGUUUUUGUGAGGGGAGUUAAAGGAAUUAUGCAGCCAGUGGUCAGGAUAAAUGCAUGUGUGGUCAAAGACUAUGGUUCGUUUGUUUCUGAGCCUCGCUUGAAAGUCAGGGGGAAGGAGAGGCACUCCUCGAGGUCUGCUAGGCCAUACUCUGCAAUGGGUGAUGUCAAGAGACUGUCAAUUGAAGGCAUUCCUUGUUCGAUGACCAACAGUGAACAAGACUUGCAGUGCUCUUGGAAGUGCCUUACUUCCAUUAAUACCCCAAAAGACCGUGUUUGCACGGUAGAUGAGCUGCAAUUGCAUUUGGGUGAGUGGUUCUACCUUGAUGGUGCUGGGCAUGAACGUGGUCCUUUAUCCUUUUCGGAGCUGCAUGUCUUAGUUGAUAAGGGUAUCAUCCAGAAAAAUAGCAGUGUUUUCAGGAAAAUUGACAAAGUUUGGGUUCCAGUUACCCCUGUUGUGAAGGCUUCUGAAACUGCUACCAAGAUUGAGCAAGAGAAUAAUGCAUCUUCUGGUGAUUCUUCUGGACCUCCUCCUUCAGAAUUGGUGAGUGCUGCAUUUAGUGAAAGCAGCAGGAGUUCCAGUUUGUUCCACAGCUUGCAUCCACAGUUCAUUGGUUACACACGGGGGAAGUUGCAUGAGUUGGUGAUGAAGUCGUAUAAGAGUCGAGAGUUCGCUGCAGCUAUAAAUGAGGUCUUAGAUCCUUGGAUCAAUGCCAAGCAGCCAAGGAAAGAGAUGGAAAAACAUGUUUUUAAUUCAGCAACCUGUAAAAGUUCUCUUCUGGAUUUGAACAAAUUCCAAAUGUCAGAUGGUGAUAUGCUUUCUGCUAAAAGAGUACAGAUGCUGAUUUAUGGAAAUGAAGAAUAUGAAGUGGAAGAUGUUUUGCCAGUUCAGAUGACUGAACAUGCAUUUGAUGAUCUAUGCGGUGAUGCCACAUUUUUUGAAGAUGACAGUGCAUGUUCUGAAACUGAAAUUGGGACAUGGGGUUUGCUGGAUGGUCAUAUGCUAGCACGGGUCUUUCAUUUCCUGAGAACUGAUAUGAAGUCCCUUGUCUUUGCUUCGUUGACUUGCAAGCACUGGAGAGCUGCAGUAAGGUUUUACAGGGAUAUCUCCAGACAGGUUGACUUGUCCUCUAUUGGUCCUAGCUGCACUGACUCCAUUAUGCAGAGCAUCAUGAAUGGAUAUAACAAAGAAAGGAUAGCUUCUAUGGUCCUGAUUGGUUGCACGAAUAUUACAUCUGGCAUGCUUGAAGAAAUUCUUGGUUCAUUCCCUCAGUUAUCUUCUAUAGAUGUUAGAGGUUGCAGUCAAUUUGGGGAAUUAGCUUUUAAGUUUCCAAAUGUGAAUUGGGUCAAGAAUCAUUGCUCUCGUGGCUUGAGAAUCUCUGAGGAGUCGCAUGCUAAAAUGAAGAGUCUCAGACAUAUUACAGAGAAAACUUCAUCAUUCAGUAAAAAUUUUAAGAGUCUGAGUAGUCAUGGGGAUGAUUUCAGUGAACUGAGAGAUUAUUUUGAUUCUGUUGAUAAGAGGGAUGCUGCAAAUCAAUCAUUUCGGCGAAGUUUGUACAAGCGAUCAAAACUAUUUGAUGCAAGAAGGUCCUCAUCUAUCCUUUCUAAGGAUGCUCGCAUCCGUCAGUGGGCCAUGAAGAAAUCUGAUAAUGGGUAUAAGAGAAUUGAAGAAUUUCUUGCUCAUGGUCUGAAGAGCAUCAUGAAGGAGAACACCUGUGAUUUCUUUGUGCCCAAGGUUGCGGAAAUUGAGGACAGAAUGAAGAGUGGUUAUUAUGUAGGUCAUGGCUUAAACUCUGUGAAAGAGGAUAUUAGUCGAAUGUGCAGAGAUGCUCUAAAAGCAAAAAAUCGUGGUGAUGCUGGAGGCAUGAAUCACAUUAUCGCAUCAUUCAUCGGACUUGCCACCCAUUUGGAAGGGAAUUUCAAGUCUUCUCAUGGAAGAGAUGGGAUAAUGAGGAUGUGGAAAGAUGAUUCAUCUGCAGCCUCAAAGUAUAAGAAGAAACUUAAUAAAAUGACUACUGAAAGGAAAUACAUGAGCAAGAGUAAUGGCACCUCCUUUGUCAAUGAUGCUUCUGAAUACGGAGAGUAUUCAUCUGAUCGAGAAAUUAGAAGGUAUCUAUCCAAAUUGACUAAAAAAUCCAUGGACUCGGGAAGUGAUACUUCUGAUGACCAUAAUGGGUCUUCUGAAGAUACUAGAAGUGAUAGUGAGAGAACUGCUUCAGAUACAGAAACUGACUUGGACUUUCGGUCAGAAGGUAGACCUGGGGAGUCGAGGAGGGAUGGAUACUUUAUGGUAGAUGAGAGUUUUUGUUCUAUGACUGAUGACCGUGAAUGGGGUGCUCGGAUGACCAAAGCAAGCCUGGUGCCUCCAGUUACGAGGAAAUAUGAAGUCAUUGAUCAGUAUGUAGUUGUAGCAGAUGAGGAGGAUGUGCAGCGGAAGAUGCAGGUUUCUUUACCUGAGGACUAUGCUGAGAAGCUAUUAGCACAGAAAAAUGGUACUGAGGAAUCAGAUAUGGAAAUUCCUGAAGUUAAGGACUUUAAACCUAGAAAAAAGUUGGGAGAUGAGGUGAUAGAACAAGAAGUUUAUGGGAUAGAUCCUUACACUCACAAUCUUCUUCUCGAUUCCAUGCCGGAUGAACUUGAUUGGCCUCUGUUGGAUAAGCACUUGUUUAUUGAAGAUGUGCUCCUUCGCACUUUGAACAAGCAAGUUAGGCACUUCACAGGCACUGGAAACACUCCCAUGAUGUAUCAUUUGCGGCCUGUUGUUGAAGAGAUCCAAAAAAUUGCUGAGGAAGAUGGGGAUGUGCGAACUGUAAGAAUGUGUCAGGGUAUCUUAAAGGCCAUGGAUAGCCGUCGUGAUGACAAUUAUGUUGCUUAUAGAAAGGGGCUUGGUGUCGUUUGUAAUAAAGAUGGUGGUUUCAGUGAAGAUGAUUUUGUGGUAGAGUUUUUGGGAGAGGUUUAUCCUGCUUGGAAAUGGUUUGAGAAGCAAGACGGGAUUCGAUCUUUGCAAAAAGAUAGUGAAGAUCCUGCUCCAGAAUUCUACAACAUAUAUCUUGAGCGGCCGAAGGGCGAUGCUGAUGGGUAUGAUUUAGUUGUUGUUGAUGCUAUGCACAAGGCAAACUAUGCAAGUCGAAUUUGUCACUCGUGCCAUCCCAACUGUGAAGCAAAGGUUACUGCCGUAGAUGGUCAGUACCAGAUUGGGAUAUACAGUGUGCGUCCAAUUCGAUAUGGUGAGGAGAUCACAUUUGAUUAUAAUUCUGUUACAGAGAGUAAGGAAGAAUAUGAAGCAUCAGUUUGUUUAUGUGGCAGCCAAGUUUGCCGGGGAAGCUAUUUGAACCUGACUGGUGAAGGGGCUUUUCAGAAAGUACUGGAGGAGUGGCAUGGAAUGCUUGAUCGUCAUCAGUUGAUGCUAGAUGCCAGUGAAAUAAAUUCAGUAUCUGAAGAAGAUUAUAUUGACUUGGGGCGAGCUGGCUUGGGAAGUUGUUUGCUUGGUGGAUUACCUGAUUGGCUGGUUGCAUAUUCGGCUCGUCUGGUAAGAUUUAUAAAUUUUGAAAGAACGAAGCUUCCUGAGGAAAUUCUUAGGCAUAAUUUGGAAGAAAAGCGAAAAUUCUUUGCCGAGAUUUGCCUUGAGGUUGAGAAGAGCGAUGCUGAGGUUCAGGCUGAAGGUGUUUACAAUCAGAGGCUUCAGAAUCUAGCUCUUACUCUUGACAAGGUGAGAUAUGUCAUGAGAUGCGUUUUUGGUGAUCCAAAGAAAGCUCCACCUCCAAUUGAAAGGCUUUCUCCUGAGGCAACAGUUUCCUUCCUUUGGAAAGGAGAGGGAUCAUUUGUUGAUGAACUUCUUCAAUGCAUGGCUCCUCAUAUGGAGGAAAGCAUGCUUAACGAACUAAAAUCCAAGAUCCGUGCUCAUGAUCCUUCGGGUUCUGAGGACAUUUCGAAUGAACUUCAGAAAUCUUUAUUAUGGUUGAGGGAUGAGGUUCGAAAUCUUCCAUGUACAUACAGAUGUCGACAUGAUGCUGCUGCUGACUUAAUCCACAUAUAUGCUUACACAAAAUGCUUUUUUAGAGUACGGGAAUACAAGACAGUUACUUCUCCACCAGUGUACAUUAGUCCUCUCGACCUGGGCCCCAAAUACAGUGAUAAAUUGGGGGCAGGUUUUCAGGAGUACUGCAAGACAUAUGGUGAGAGUUAUUGUUUAGGACAGCUAAUUUAUUGGUAUAAUCAGACAUACGCUGAGCCAGAUUGUACACUAGCCAGAGCCAGUAGGGGCUGCUUGUCAUUGCCUGAUGUUGGCUCCUUCUAUGCCAAGGUUCAAAAGCCAUCACGACAUCGUGUUUAUGGCCCAAGGACCGUAAGAUAUAUGUUGGCAAGGAUGGAGAAACAGCCGCAGAGAACCUGGGCAGAGGACCGCAUUUGGUCAUUUAAGAGUUCUCCAAAAGUUUUUGCCAGUCCAAUGCUAGAUACUGUUUUGAGCAACACUCCUCUGGACAAUGAAAUGGUGCAUUGGCUGAAGAACAGACCCACAGUAUUCCAUGCCAUGUGGGAUCAAUGAACUUUGUGCAGGACACUGGGGAUGCGGCAGUUUGGACUGGCUGUUAUAAUCAAUCACCUUCUUUGUUAUUGUUUUGGAAUGAUUUCUCAAUGUGCACAGCUGCCCCAUUUUUUCAAUGUGGGAGUUGGUAAUCAUUUCAAAACAUCAUUCCUUGGUGCUGCUUUUUCUUCCCCUCAAUUCUUGUGUACAGUUUUUCCAUUUUUGUAAUUGUAAUUCAUUAUUGGGUAGUAGAAAAAUAGCAUUGCCUUUUCUUUUUUCAAAAUCUAAAUCUAAUGCAAAUACAAAAGGGGGAAAAAAGGCGCUUAUUUUUUUAUGCA